UUUAUUGUCUAUUGAUGGUAAUUUACUUUUUGCUUUAUUUUCAAAAAUGCAUAACUGAUUUUAAAUUCUUUUCAACCCAUUUUACUGCUCUUUUUUCUUAUAAAAUGCAUACUGCACUAUUUCUAUAUUUUACUUCAAAUGACACAACAACCGACUGAAUAUGAUUUUUGGCUAAACUCUGUACGCAAACAGCGAAAGCUUGGACGACGACGUGACAAUCGAACACGAACUGUCACAUAAUCGACUUGAUGUAGACAGACGACGCAAACGACGCGAUGUUAGUGGGUUAAUGUCAACUACGCCAGAGGAAACAGCUGCCUCUACUACUGAAAUGUCCAACGAUUCAAAUACCUCUAGCGAGGUUAUGGAGCCCGAUAGUGCCAACAGUACCCAACUGGGCAGUGGCGAAGCGACGAAUAAUUCCAAUAACUCGAAUAACUCACAAGAGCAGUAUGACGAGGCAGUGCCAUUGGUCUCUCAACUGCAAAAGUACUCAUCAAAAAUCAGUCAAUCUGAGAUUGGCUUUCCUAAUACGGACGCUGACUACAGUGAACUUGUCGAAGACAACAAUGAUACUGCAACAGGAGAAUCAAAGCGACGAGCUCGUCAAUUGCGGCCUUAUCCUCAUCCAAUUGCUAAGUGGCCGGCGCAUAACUACCGAUCCGUUGACACACCAGUUCAGCAGCCCUAUAUUCAGAAAAAUAGCUACAGUUUCGGUAGCUACAAUCCCUAUCUCACUCCACCAAGCCAGCAAACUCACACCAAUCAAAACUAUAAUAAACCAAACCCAGGUCCGGGAUAUAAGGCUUAUCCACAGCAGCUACAACAGCCGGAACCUGCUGAGCCGUAUGGAAAAAAACCAACUUUGGUCUACACAGGUUAUAAUUUGUCACUACCGCCGCCUCCGUUGGAAGAUGACUUUCGACCCAUUGCGGGUAACUACUAUGGUGCAGCCAGCUCAACAAGCUCAAGGCCGCCAGGUGGUUACCAAGAGCAAACGAGCCAAGCCGAUUUACUACCCUACCUUAUACAACAGCUUAAAGAGAUCAAAGAACGCAGAAAACAAAUACAAACUGAAAACUUUGCCUACUUUCAUUUGGACAAUCAACCUAUUGCCCCCACCGCGCACAGCACCACCCCACGGCCGUCAUUCGAGUACUUUUCCACGACUAAGUCGACGCCCCAAGUAACACCAAACAGUCCAUAUGCGCAAUACAGCACCAUGGGUGGAUUUUACAAUAACAAACCGGAUUAUGUGCCAAGCACGUCAAACUAUUCUGGCAAACUGAUAUCUCAGUACAGCAUUACUCAAAGUCCGGAGCCACAGAGUACGACAGAGAGCAAUUACUUUCAGUAUAAUAUUAUUGCAAAUCAAAAGAUGAAGGGCGUAUACAAUACUGCCAAGCUGAAUCAACUAGAGCAUGCCGCAGUAAAGGUGCGACCACCAGUCACGCCACUGCAGGUGACACCCAACUUUAAUAUCGUUUCGGCGCCUAAUUUAGCUUACAACAAGCCUAAUGUCCUGCAGCAAAUACCUUUCCGAGAUUUGUCACAUUUGCCAAUCGGAAUCAGCUAUGCUUCAAAUACUUCCAUACCAGAAUCAUAUCAGACUUUUACCAAAUCUAUCAGCUCCACUGUGCCUCCAAAGCCGCCGACAACUACCAAGCCUCAGAUGACAAAUUUUCAAUUUAAUAUUAAUGAAUUUAUGGCAAACCUAAAAGCUAGUGAUCUGGCAAGUUUUAAUCCGGCUGUAAACCCAUUAAUUAAGUACUUUAAGCAGGUAAGCAAUGAUGGAAGUGGCAAUGUUCGCAAUGCCUUGAUUCUUCGCCGACCCGUCAGCAGUUCGACGCCAACUAGCACAAUUACAACCCGACCUCCUUUCAAAUCCAAUCCGACGCCUGCAAAAGCGUCGAUUAGCUCAACUACACAAGCGUCGACUACACCCAUUCUUAAAGGUUAUAAGAUUUUCGUAAAGAAUACGCAAAAUCAGAUUAACAAACAAAUGUCUGAACCAAAUCAAUCAACGACAACCAGCACACCACGUCCACGGAGCAGUGGCAGCAGAACGACCACCACUCAGAAAACUGUUGAAUACUACGACGAGGAUUACGAUGAUGGGGUUGACGAAGACAUGCUGCCACCGUCACGCAUGCCCCCCUACAUGCCCAUGUCAGAGACUAUGGCACCACCUCGUCCACAAGUCACAACUAAUGUGCCACCCACGACAACGCCGAGCAAAAUUCGCCCCAAUGUACAAACAGGAUUUAUGGAAGCCACAACAACGCGCCGACCCUUUCCAAAUUUUUCGCAACUCAAUCAGCCCAACACAGGCAAUGGAGUUCCUGCGUUCAUCAGCUUUCCCAGUGACAUAUUUCAAGAAUUGAAGCAGCGACUGCCACAGUUGCAAGGAUCAACAGCCGCCAACACUCAAUCUACACUCCGCGUUCGCGUUACCAGCACAACAAGCACUACAACGCCUACAACCCCAACAAGAAUCCGAUACACCGUGCGACCACCACAGCGCAUGCGCGGACAGCAGAAGUGGCAGGCCCAAGCUGUGAAUAGCACUGACGGAUUAGAGCGCACGCAAAAUGAAACCGGCCGAGGGGCUGCCUACGCCAAGCCAAGUUCAAGCAAUGGUGGUUUGGGCGGCCAGCACUUGAACUCGAUACAUAUCAGCUCAAAUACGGAAAGACAAAGGGAUAUUGAGUAUCAACAGCAGCAAGAACAGCAUCAGCAAAAGUCUCAGCCAUACCAGUCUUCAGUGCGUCAACAACAGCAAUCAACUUAUAGACCGCUAGAAAUAUUGACGACGCCGACACCACCCCAAAGACCAAGCUACAGCAGCCAGCCCACUUUAGGCUAUAAUACAGACUAUGAUGAGGAUCUCAAUGCACAGAUCGAACAGGAUAAUGUGUACGAUCAACCUACGCGAACUCCGCAACGCUCAAAAACGCAUGCAAAUAAAAACCUUAAGCAAAAUGUUAUAAUCAAAUUAAAGACAACCACAUCACCACGUACCACACAAGCACCCAGUACAACAACCCCAACGACCAGCACCAUAAAGCAACCUUCACUUCCCACAUAUGACUCCAAUCCCUUUCUCAAAUCCAAGCUACAAUUUCUGGCCAAGUCCCUGAUCAGUGCUGUGGCUGGCAGUCAAAGUCAAAAUAUCAAUGACACAAAAACUCUGACCCAAGUCCAAACUACAGUCACACCUCCAAUCAGCGAAUCGUGGGCGUCGGUAAAUGACAGUGCAAAUAGUAGUAGUACUCAAAAGUAUGUUGAGACAGUUUACGAUGAAAGCCAGAAUGUGCACGUCCAGACGGGGGAGAUAUCUAGUAGUCGUACUUUUGAAACAAGCACUUCGCCCAAGUUUCUGGAUUUCAUCAAUGCCGCAGCUUAUGGAGCCAGCAACUUAGUGCGCGCGCCCACAGAGAAGUCAUUUAAGACUGUAUACACAAGGGAAAAUAUAAACAACGGCUUUGAAAAAGACAAAACAAUAUCCACCGAGCAAAAUCAAAGCAAACGUAUACAAAGCUAUGUUCUCUCCGAUGUUAAACCCCAAAGCUUUAGGGCGAUUACAAACAACACGCCAAGGGCUGCGUCAUCGGACCUGUUAGAUAGCUCGAGUACAGCAAGACCCAACAAAGCAUACGAGUAUAGUCUGGAAAGCGGUUCUCACGGAUUUACCUUAAGGGCUAAGGAAUCAUUAAACGAGGAAAACGCGUCUGAACCACUGUUUGAACGUCCUGAAAAUGGCCAACGUCUUAAGCCCAACACAACAACAACCCGUUUACCACUUACAUUAAUCAAUCAUGUUAGCACGGAGAUUGAAGAUAUUAUACCAACAACAUAUGCCCCGUUACGUAUUUGGCGCAACGGUCGUCCAACUAUCAAGCAAGCUCAUAGAAAACCGACGAAAAUGCCAACAUUGAGCGUCACUGAACUGCCCAGCACUACUGCGAAAGCAACCACCACAACAAUAAGAGCACCUAGUACUUUAGGUACUAGUACCGAACGAGCGAGCUCUGGACAAAGUUUUACAUCCCGUGCAAAUAUCUUCAAGGAUAACCUUAACCGUGCUACGAGCAACCCAGGAAUGAGAUUUGUUUCGCCAUAUAAGAGCCUUGAAAGUUUGCUGCAAGACGAACGGCUGCCACACAACAGCCUCAGAACAACAACAAGAACGCGCUAUGCUCCAGCCUCAAUACCGUUUCUCCAAACAACGCCAAAGUCAACACAGAAUAACUUUCCUCCUCUGAACACUAUUCAAAAUAAUGCCACCCAAUUUGUCAUUGAAGCUAUGACAAACAGCAAUACCCGCAACUUCAGCAUAAGUGAUGUAAUUCUGAGCACCUUCAGUCCCCAAAGACCAGCUCCAAGCAUGCCGCGUGCAACCACAACGACCACAACCAGAACCACAACCACAAAUAAAAUACAAACGGAGGCAGCACUUACUACUACAAUUUUAGAACCAACCGUAGCUACUGUAGUGACAUCGCCCUCAAUCCAGGUGUCUGAAAUCGCAGUGCGUGCACGUGGCCGGUCGCGGUACACUGCGGCUACGGUCAGCUAUAAUUUAGAUAGUGUCGACGAGCCGACCACCUACGCCCCCAAAUUUAAGAUACCCAAUAGCUAUGAACUGAGGAGCUCCACAUCUAAACCAUUUUUAAGACGCAAAGCGCAUCGUGGUCGAGUUGCUAGCAGCCUCCGGCAAACGAUAUCCGAACCGACGGCUAAGUCUGGUGAAAAAUAUGAAACUUAUAAGGCAGGUCAAAAGGCCAAGGAGACCGUUUAUAGGUAUCAAAUAUCCCCGUCCUCUGCCAAACCGAUAACUGCUGAGGAAACAAGUUUACCGAAACGUAACCCAAAUGAAAAUGAAGCCUCAAUCUCAGAUAACCCGCGUGCAGAAGCCCUAAUUGCACAGCAGCCACUCGAAAAUAAACAUAACAAUAGCAUAGAACAGAGCAUAAGCACAGAUACAUCUGCCAGUUCUAUCCAAGAUGUUCAUGUUAUAUCCGACCGCCCACCUGUUAAGUAUCUAUUUUCGAACAAAUAUCGGCAGCAAACGGCAGAGCGUACACUGGCGGAGAGUCUGCAGAAUGCCGGCUACAUAACGACGGCAAAUGGACGAACCAAGUUUCGUGCUAACAAUGUGCUGGAGCAACUGCAACAUUUUCUUUCCGCCAGCGACAGUGAUGAGAGCGGUUCACCGCAAUUCGUUGAUGAAAUUUAUGGUUCAGAAAUAAAAGCUUCGGUUAAUGAGAUUAAACCGGGCGUUUCAACAAGCCGAAGUGCUACGACUACAAUGAGAUCCACUUCUACCAUGUCUGCAUCACUGCCAACCACACGCGUCCCACUUUUUGCAUUUAAGUCGACAGGAAACCCAUCCAAAUCAUAUACCCCAACCCCUACUAUUAGCAUAUUAGACACAGAUGCAACAAAGGCUAACAUUAGCACCCCAGAUAUUAGUACUGAACCUGUCCCUUCAACAACGACUGCCUAUCCCUCUGUAACUAUAAAUUCUCCACCAACAACACGAGUUUCGAGGGUAAAUAACGCCUUGAAGUCGUCAAUUGCCGCUGCUGCCGCCCAAUCAUCUAGCCCGGUCUCUACCUCAUCCACCUAUCAAAUGCCAGGGGGUAGAGCUAACAAAUUCCAAUAUGGCCUUACCUCCAACAGUAACAACAACAACCAACACCAAUACAACAACAACAAUGCCGCUGUCGCUGCUGUCUCGGUGAAGUGCUCCGAUAGCACACUGAGCCCCAAGUGCAACGAAAUCCCCUCAAGAAACAACAAUAGAAACCGUGGCAGUGCAAUAUACACGAAUCAGGAUCGUGAUACUGCUGCCGCUCCUAACAGAGGGACUCAUCCACCACGGACGCGUCCAACGCUUAAGCCGGCUGGCACAAUAGUCUCAAAGGCCCAAGAGUUUGUGGACAUUUACAGAUAUCCGCCAACCCGACCGGAUCCAGUAUACCCACAGCCCACGCCGGAUAAGACGGCUGCCAAGUGCCGUAAGGAUGUUUGUUUACUGCCCGAUUGCUAUUGCGGUGGCAGGGACAUACCCGGCGAACUACCUGCUGAAAGCAUACCUCAAAUCGUACUGUUGACCUUCGAUGAUUCCGUAAAUGAUUUAAAUAAACAAUUGUAUACGGAUCUUUUUGAGAAGGGACGUGUCAACCCUAAUGGCUGCCCAAUAACAGCGACGUUCUAUGUCUCCCACGAAUGGACUGAUUACAGUCAAGUGCAGAAUCUCUACUCCGAUGGACAUGAAAUGGCAUCGCACACAGUUUCUCACAGCUUUGGCGAGCAGUUCUCACAAAAGAAAUGGACUCGGGAAAUAGCUGGUCAACGCGAAAUACUCGCUGCCUAUGGUGGCGUCAAGCUAUCUGACGUACGGGGUAUGCGUGCUCCUUUCCUCUCGGUUGGUGGUAACAAAAUGUACAAAAUGCUGUAUGACUCAAAUUUCACCUACGACUCGUCGAUGCCGGUCUAUGAAAAUCGUCCUCCCUCGUGGCCGUACACUCUUGAUUAUAAGAUCUUCCACGAUUGUAUGAUACCGCCCUGCCCGACACGAAGCUAUCCGGGUGUUUGGCAAGUUCCCAUGGUUAUGUGGCAGGAUUUGAACGGCGGACGUUGCUCUAUGGGAGAUGCCUGCUCAAAUCCAAGUGAUGCAGAGGGUGUGACCAAAAUGAUAAUGAAGAAUUUCGAGCGUCAUUAUACCACCAAUAGGGCACCGUUUGGAUUGUUUUAUCAUGCCGCUUGGUUUACACAGCCGCAUCACAAGGAAGGGUUUAUAAAGUUCCUCGAUGCCAUAAACGCCAUGCAAGAUGUUUGGAUCAUAACAAAUUGGCAGGCUCUACAAUGGGUGCGCGAUCCAACACCUACGUCUAGGAUCAAUUCGUUCCAGCCAUUCCAGUGCGAUUACUCGGACCGACCCAAACGUUGCAAUAAUCCAAAAGUCUGCAAUCUCUGGCACAAAUCUGGAGUUCGAUACAUGAAAACAUGUCAGCCCUGCCCCGACAUCUACCCAUGGACUGGAAAAUCCGGCAUACGUUCAUCACGCAUCGACAACGAAGUUGUUGAAGAACCUUCGGCACAAAACUGAGGAUUUUCAAUCUAAACACGCCAGUUAAACCACGCCUAUGCUAUUAGUAAACUACUGUUCGUCUAGAUGUGAGCUUUAUACACAGAGGAACAAUUGGUAUGCAAUAGUAGAUAUUGUCAUAAGUAAUAGCCCAAAAUACGGUAUUCACUCGUUGAAAUGUUCUUCAUAUUAUAUUUAUACUAUAGCCAAUUUGUUGAAGGGCAUCGAAAAAUGUAUUUAAUAUUUUGAUGACAUGUUACUUAAAUUUAUUUAUUCCCUUAUGAUAGACUUAUGUAUGUGUACUGUAUAUUCCUAUAGUUUGCUACUCCCAUGGAAAUUUGUAUAAGUACUUUCAAAAUGCAAUAUUAGUAUAAGUCCUUGUAUAUGUAAAAGUUACUAACGUAAUUGUAGACUCCCAUUUAAAUUAAAAAAAAUGAAAAGCGCGUGUUUCAGGACAUUAUAAAACUGAGGGUCCAUACUCUUUUUUGUGGUUGAUUUAAUUUGUGAUAUAUAUUUUCAUCUAAAUAUGUAUCUCUAUAUAUGCCAAUAAUUAUCUGAAACCAGGCAACAAAUAAUUAUAAAAUUUUAAUAAAAAAAUGUAUCUAAGCAUGUUUUUUUAUCUUCAACCUUGUAUAUAACAUUUUAUUUAGAAUCCGGUGAAGGGGCCUAAUACUUUUGGGUAUAUUUAUCACUCUUUAUUUCCUAAAUAUGAUUUAAUUUCGAGAAAAUUCGUAUCGUACUAUUAUAAAACUAAAGAUUUUAUGUGCUAUCCAUAAUACAAUAUCAACAGCUCACAAAAUCAUAUGAAUAUAUAUAAUAUCAUUUCUGAAUUUAUAACAUUUCUCGCUACAUUCUAGUUUAUAGCAUUUUAACUAACGGUACUAGAUAAAGAGCCUAAACUAUAUGAAUUUACGUCAUGAACAAACUUUUCAGACACUUAAAGAAAUUAAUGAUCCAAUUAAUGACCCAUUUGUAACGGGAACGGCAGAAAAAAAAUCAAAUCAUAACGUCAAACUAGACAUCGUAAAUCCAUGCAAAGGAAAAGUUUUAAGCAAAAUGCGAGCCUAGCGAAUAUUUUAACAUUUAAGCUGUUAGUACUCAUACGAAAGUAUUAGAUGGAUUUGUAACGCUGCAAACUCAAAAAGGAAAAAUCAUUAAGAUAAAUUAAUAUUUAAUUUAAGUAUAUUGUAUGUAUGUGCACACACAAAAAAUUUUAAAGCUGAACGCAGUUCAAAAAAAUUUAAUUUUACCAACGAGUGAAUUAUGUAUUUUGUGCUAAUAAUUGUAAAACAUGUAAAAUAAAAAAAAAACAACGUAAGUCAGAAA